UCUCUUGUCUCUUAAUGAAAAGGCAGCGUCCUGCCGGUUGCUUGCAAAAAAAAAUCAGCAGAACUAUGAUUUUUUGCACCUAGCCCAAUACAUUCAAUAGCUAAAUUGGUGCAACAGAAAACUUCAGUUGUUGUUUAACUUAGAACUUAUCAAGGUUUUCAUGAUUUAAACCCUUUAAGUGGUUAGAUCUAAAUUUCACUGUUCAGUUAAAUGUAGAUCUUCAGUUUCUGUUCUAAUCUGACAAAGUUGAACCUUGGUCUCCUUCAAAUUCUUUAAGUGAAAAAAGAGAAGAGGAUCUACUACACUCUCAAGCUUAUCGUAAAAGUAAUUGUGCAAUUAUGUUUUGGAAUGAUUAUCCCUGAUAUUACCUGACAUUGUCUCGAGUAAAUAUCAGGCUCACAGAUUAGGGAAUCUUAUUCUGAGCUUUAAUUGUUGAUAUCGCCACCUACAGAAUAGUGAAAAGCAGCAUUAUUAGUACGUAUAUAAAAAUGAAAGCUAUGUAAUGGCCAAUACUUGUGGUUCCUUUGGCAUCACAGACAUGUUAGAAAUCUUCCUUUGGAACUUUAUCGCCUGUGUUGAUUUUUUAAUGUAGUUUUAAUAGAAUUAUAGCUGUCACAUUCAUUUUGUGGAUGAUGUAUCAUGUUCAAGGAAGAGCUUUCAAUACCAUUCUGUAUCAAAAGUGAGGUUCAGAUGCACUACAGCACACAAUCUUAUUGGUUGUUUGUUUAUUCGUGAACAAAUCUUAGUUAUUCUCUUCAGAGGCCUGUUAUUUAGUGCAAAUUUAUGGUUUUGUUAGUGAAGACUAAUAUUAGGUGAGAUUGCUAGAUAAGCACGAAUUUCGGCUAUGCCUUUUACGGUUUUCUUUCAUGUAAAGAAAUUUCUUAAGAUCAGGCAAUUAAGAUUUCUCUUCUCUCUCACAAAGUAAAGAAUGCAAGUAAUGUUAUUAUUUGAAAGAUUAAAAAAUAUCUAGCUUGAAGAUUCUGCCAGUUUUUGCUAAAUCAAAUUGUUUUCUCAACUGAUAUAGGGAGGCAACUGCAAUAUUUGAAAAUCCUAUCAAACUAGUGAUAGGAGUUCCAGAAUGAACUUUCUGUGACAGAGAGCUGAAAACUUAGCAACUGUUUGCUUUCUUUUAAUCUAAAUAUGCAGCAAUCAUGGUACAAGUGAACAGGCAUGCCUAAAAAAUACAUCUUCAUUGAGAAGUAAUAGAAUAUGAACUUGUAAAGGUCGAUAUUGUGCAAAGUUACAGCAUUCCAGCAAGAUACAACAAAGGAACAUCACUGGACUUAUGUUGAAAUUUAACUAUUGUUGCAUCAUGUGAUGAGCCUGGUGGCACCUUUCUUUUUCAACACUUCAAUUGAAAGGAAGCGGCUAGUUGACACUCUUUCCUACCUGAUAUCUAUCAACAUAGCCACAUCGGUUUGUGCCUCUUCAGUGGAUGGUAUAGCCUAAAGAACAUUUGCUAGACUCGAAAAAAGCGACAAACAAAAAAUCAUCAGCUUUGCAUUUGUUCCUUUGUCGGGGAGUAAUUAUUCUCUAUGCUUCUUUUAAUUUUUAUAUGUUGUUACAUUUUAAUUAUAUCUGGUCUACAUCUAUGGCAUUACCUAAUGAAUUACUCCCUCCGUUCGGAAUUACUUGUCUCGGAAAUGGAUGUAUCUAGAACUAAAAUACAUCUAGAUACAUCCAUUUCUACGACAAGUAAUUCCGAACGGAGGGAGUAGUUUGGAUAAUGGCAGAGUCACCCUUCUACCUUGUAUAUUAUCUGCUUAUCGAUUUGAGUAUUCUAUGAAAUUCCAUGUCGUAAAAAAAAUCAUAACGUGUAGGAUUCAUGUACUUGGUUCACCGCUGUUUCUUCAUCCCUCAUAUGUAAGUGAUGCAUGAAACCUAUCUAUUUCCGAAAAUGCUGUGUCUCAUACUGUUACAACUUGUCUUAACAGUACUCAAAGGGGCACCUUCCUUGCUAAGCAAAACAUGUUUUCAUAAGAUGUACCUAUUUUGGCCAGGGAAUCCUGAUACUUAACAUUCACAAUAUCAAAUAAAAACAAAAAGUAAUAGAUCCAAUCAACACAGAAGUUGAUGAUAAAGGAAGAUACUUCAUUUUGGAGAACCGAUUCGGGUUCAGUUGGCUAAUGGCAUCACACCGAGCCCACCCACAUUCGACUCUCACCUCCGUGGAUGCUCAUAUUUUGAAAUGCUCAAAAAUGCAUUUUUAGGUUCUUAACUAAAGUUCUUGAUUUCAUUGGACUUCCCGAGAUUUGAUGAAUGAUAGAGAUAGCAAUAUACUGCACUGUUGUGCCUAAUGUGACUGACCACCUUGACUUUGACAAUACUUGAGGACAACUGGUCUGGAAUCUGGAUCUAAAGCCAUUUUAAAGUGUUCAUGAAAGGGGUGGUCCUGGUGAACUGCCAUCAUGAUUGUUUCAUAUGAGCUAGCCAUCAUAACUUUGGUCAAUUAAGAUUUCGCUCCAGUUGUGCAUGUAUAAAUAUGUUAUUUGUUCCUACUGCAAGUUUCUUGCUUUAUUCUUCUCGUAUUUGCUACUUCUGGAGUGGCAGACAUGUCAUGUCUGGAUCUACUAAGUGCACUAAGCAACCUCUUCUCAACUGAACAUAAUGGUACGAGAACCAGCUAACUGUGAUUAGAGAAGUCAUCCCGCCCCCGCGUCGCUCCAACAGGGGCGACACGGGCGGCUAACCCUAGCCGCCGCCGGCAGCCUCCCCUCCCCUUCCUCUCCUCCUCGUCGCCACCAGAGGAGCCCCCGAUGCGUCGUGCGGCUGCCAAGGAAGGUGGCGGCGGGGCCUUCGUCAUCCCUUCGCGGAGAUCCGGAUCCACGGGGCGGCGGCCCCUGCUGGUUUGGCGCCGUCGUUCGCGCCCUGGACGGUGUGCGCAGGGACUCUGCCCGGCGUCCUCGAUCGCUCGGGUGGUGGGGAGUCGGCGCUUGGCGGCGGUAGUUUGGGGGCCUUCGUCCUCGCCAGAUCUGGAGGCCUGUUGCUCCCUCGUUCCCGCUCCUUCCCCUUUGCGCUUGAGGCUGGUGGAUGCUGCUGGUUCCGGUGCUUCUGGGGAUGGUGGUGCAGAUUGGGACCGGGGGAAACCCUAGGCCGGCUAGUUCGGCUCGACAGCGGCGUCGGCUUUGGGCGACGCAUCCUUCCUGAAGGCGGUGUCGUGGUCCUUAUUCUUGCCACCUCCGGUCCUCUCCCGGGUGAAAACCCAAAAUCCGGCCUGGAUUGGGCAGCGGUGGCGCCAUGGGCGUCAUCUCCUCCUUGGAGGCGUUGCCUGGGGAGCUAGGACUCGGGUGUGGGCUCAUGAAGGUGGGGGCUUUGGCCGCCGGCUGGUUCUCUGCAGCUGCUCGCGGCGGCUUCAUGUUGUGCAGAGUGCCCCUUGUAUCUUUAGGGCGUUUCUUGUUUUUGGUAUUCGCGUCGGAGGAGCGGCGUGGCAUCUGGCACGUUGACAACGGCGAUUCUCAGCGGCAUGGAGCAGUGGGGGUUUCGCCGGUGGGCGUGUGAUGAUGGACGAGCGCAGGAUGGUGGCGCUGUCUGGCGUCGUGGCGGCGUCGAUGGCAGAGAGACCUGGCACGGUUCAUGCAACAGUACAGCUCUGAAGAUGGAUUGAUGGUACGUGGCUGCGGCGGCCUCAUACCCGGCAGGGGUCCUGGUUGAAGAGCACGCCGGACUGGUGGGUGCCCAUACCCGGCAGGCGUCCUGGUUGGGACCUCAGGUCUUAGAUGUUAGGUCCGACUGUGAGGUCUGUUUGGUAUUAGGCCCAGACUAUCAGCGCCCCUUCAUCAGUUAGAUAGGAGUAGCGACAGAGGUUGCGAAGAUGGUGGCUUUGGUCUUACUGUUGUACGACUUUGUAAGGUCUUGUGUUAAUAAUUAAUAAAUUGGCCGUACGCAUCGUCCAGAUGCAGAGGCCGGGGGUCUUCCUCCUUUUCGAAAAAAAAAGAUUAUCAGCAGGUACUUCUUUUAAUUGGACAUUAUUUUCAAUUGUUCCAAGUAAACUAGCAGAUAGGAUGGAGUACCAGACUCUUUUGGUUGGUGUUGGAAUUCUAUAAAAGACAGAGUCAUGAAAACCAAGUGAACAAAACAAAAUAGGUUGCAUGACACUUAACAGUAACAUGUAGUGUUGGCUUCACACUUCGAAUUGUACGGUACGCAUUUCUUUUAAAACUCUUCAGAGGAUUGUAGAAUAUAUCGUGUGUCAUUCCUAUUUUUAUCAUUCUUUAGUCAGAUGGCGGCAUCGUGAAUAUGAGCGUACAAGAAAGGAAAUUGUAGAAUACUAGAGUUUAAAAUGUUAUUCUGACCUUUCAAACUAGAACAAAGCCUUAACAGUGUAAAGUGUAAAUGCCUUUACAUCAGACAUAUUCCUCACUAAAUAUUCAUUGUAAUCAUGGGCCACUUGAUUAUCUAGCAUGGGGCAGUACAAGCAACAUGGAUUUUAUAUAUUACAAGGAAUUCAAUACACUUUGAACAAGCUGUAACAUAUGCCCUUGUACAAGGUAGCUAUUUAGGCUACUUUGUGAAUUGCAACAGCGAUGUGUUGUUUGACUCUUCCACAACCUGCAAGGACUGGCCUACCAAUUAUUCUUUGUCCUCAGGAGCCACAAUAAAAUGCUCACAUCCAUGACAGGUCUAAAUCACCAUUUGCCUCAAGUGCGAGAGGAGGAUCCAGAGUCCAGUUGCAACAACCUCAGAAGCUAGUCCAAACUAGUGGGAGGUUGUGUGCACAAACCAGAAGGUAGACUGAAGAAUAGUAAUGGCUCGUGGUAAGGUUCAGAUGAGAAGGAUAGAAAACCCAGUGCACAGGCAGGUCACCUUCUGCAAGCGGCGAAUGGGCCUUCUGAAGAAGGCAAAGGAGUUGUCCGUUUUAUGUGAUGCUGAUAUCGGUGUCAUGGUGUUUUCUCCUCAUGGAAAGGUUUAUGAGCUAGCUACCAACGGGAACAUGCAAGGCUUAAUUGAGAGGUACAAGGGUAGCAACACAGAAGCACAUGGUGAAAGUAGCGAGCAGAACAAACCCGAGGUAAUACAGCAAGAGGUACUACUCUUAAGGCAAGAAAUUGACUUGCUUCAAAAGGGCUUAAGGUACAUGUAUGGAGAGAAUGAUAUAAACCACAUGAAUCUCAAUGAGCUGCAAGCCCUGGAGAGUAACCUUGAAAUUUGGGUACACAAUAUCCGCUAUACAAAAAUGCAGAUCAUAUCUAGGGAGAUUGAGAUGCUCAAGACCAAGGAAGGCAUACUGAAGGCUGCCAAUGAUAUACUUCAAGAAAGGAUAAUUGAGCAGAGCGGGAUUCUGGACACCGGCAGCAACAUGAUGAUGCCACAAUUUCCCUUCCAGCGAACCAUGGAGGGUGGAUACUACUUCUAGCCUAAACAACCAACCUAUCAAGCUAUCUCGCCAGUUCGGGUUUGAGUUCAACAAGGCUACCCUUUAUGGAACUCACAUAACCUUAUGUGUGCCACUUCAUGUUGUAAAAAGGAGAAAGAAGAUCAGCAUCUGUCGAUGUACAUGCUUUUUCAUAUGUAGACUCAUCCUCUUUCAGAUUGUCAUAUGUAGACUCAUCCUCUUUCAGAUUGGACUGUUCGCAGAUUGCAUGAUGUUACCGCAGUUCACCCUCCAGCUAACCAUCGAGAGGAGUACUCGUGUAGCCCGAAUGACCGACCUAUCCAAGUUAUCUCCUAGUUCCGAUUUGAGUUCGACAAGGCGACCUUGCAAGGACGUCUCAUAGCCUUGUGUGAUUUGUCUCCUAGUUCCACUUCAUGAUGUAAAAAAAGUACAAACAAAAUCUGCAUCUGCAUCUGUUUCUGUAUAUGUAUCUGUACAAGUUUUUGCAUAUGUAAAUUCACUGUCUUUCA